CACUAGCACCGUCGCCGUCUUAGAAAGGGAGAACCAAGCUCCAUGAAACACGGACGCAAGUCUGCUCUUUGGAGGAGAAGGAACCAUGGCGAUGCUGAGGCUACAUGGAACCCCAGUACCAAUGUGGAAGUUCGCAAAGUGUAAUUCCCCGAACUACUUGCAUAUGCUUUUGGACUUCUAAUUUAUACGGUACUCAUUUCCAUUUUCUCUUCCACUAAGAUAACUAUGAAGUUAUUCUAUUUGAAGGACUGAACUCUAUGAUAACAUAC